CCCUGCCGCCACCAAAUGGCGAAGGCCGCCUCCCCGACGGAGCUCGACUCCGUCCCCUUCGCCCCCCCGCCCGUCUCCGCCCCCCCACCGGCCGCACCCGCCGCUGCCUACGCCGACUCUCUGGACUCCUCUCCUCGUUCUCGCGGCACCGACUCGGAGCCAUUUCGGUGGGAUGAUGUCCCUCCAGCGGCCGCUUCUGCUGCCGUCCCUCCUGCCCCUUCUACCAAGCUCCGGCUAAUGUGCAGCUAUGGCGGGAGGAUCAUUCCCCGUCCUCAUGACAAGUCCCUGUGCUAUCUCGGCGGCGAGACCCGCAUCGUCGUCGCCGACCGCCAUGCGUCGCUGGCCGACCUCACCGCUCGCCUAUCCAGGCUGCUUCUCGCCGGGAGGCCGUUCUCUCUUAAGUAUCAGCUCCCCCACGAGGACCUGGACUCCCUGAUCUCCGUCACGACCGACGACGACCUCGAUAACAUGAUUGAAGAGUACGACCGGUGCGCCUCCUCGCCGAAGCCCUCCCGCCUUCGCCUGUUCCUUUUUCCGGCCAAGCCUGACACCGCCUCCAGCCUCGGCUCCCUCCUGGAGGACGCCAAGGCCGAGACCUGGUUCGUCGAUGCCCUCAACGGCACCGUUCCCGUCGGCCUUCCCCGCGGAUUCUCCGAUACCGCCGCGGCGUCUGUUAACCGUCUUCUCGGGCUUGACUCCGGCGUCACCGCCGAAUGGGACCACCAUGACCCUUCUGCGUCGGAGGACAGUGGUGCUGCUGCGGCUGGCACUGGCAGCGCAGGCAAGGCAGCGAAGGCGGAGGUACAGUCGGUGCCGGACUCGCCGAUGAUGGAGACGUCGUCUUCGUUUGGGUCGACGUCCUCCGCGCCAUCGGUGUCGAACCUGCCGUCCGCGGGAACCAAGGCGGAGGAUCCGGCGGUUGGUGGUAGUGGGGUCGCUGUGGGCCUGAGUGGCAUUGAGGAACAGCUUGGACAGAUGACUCUUGCUCCCGAGAUAGCGAAGCGCCUGCCGGAGCACGAGGUUCCCCCCAGGGAGAAUCCUGCUCCGCCUCCCCAGGCUGCGCCCAAACCAGUAUACUAUCAGGAUUCAGUCAGGGUUCCGACUGCGCCUGUCGCCAAUCCGACUGCCAUUGAUCCCAAGAGGGAACUAGCUGAUCACAGUUACAGGGUCCAGAUGCAGUAUCCGGCAGACCCCGGGUUCCUUGUCCCGCAAGCACUGCCGCCAGAGUAUCACUAUAUCCACCCUCAAAUUGCAGCAAUUCCUCCUCCACCCAUGCCUUCGUUUUACCAAGUGCAUCACCAUCCCCAGCAAACUCAGCAACAAUCCCAGCAGCCACAAGUCGAUCAACCGAUCCCAAUGUUUUUCCUGCAUCCCCAGACCUCCACCAUGGCUACACUGAGGCAGAAUCAGGCCUAUAAUUUGGCUGCAUAUCAAUCUGCCGUGGCGGAUUCCUCAAGCAAGCCUGUGGCAGCUCCAGCGCCACCCCCAGCAAAAGACCCAUCACCUGCUCUUCCAUACCCGCCGCCCCCAGCACCAUCCACCUCUCGUCCUCCUCCACGGCCUGAAUUGACGAGCAACAUAUAUAGGACAGCUGCUAGUGCUGCAGCCAUGCCAUUGACUUCUACACCAUUGGUUCAUGCUUCUGAGCAGCAGCAGUAUGCGGGUUACAGGCAUCUUCUGCGUCCACCUACCCACUUGGGUUAUGACUAUGGCGAUGCCUUCCCGCAGCAAAUAUUCUACAGCCAGCAAAUACCUGUAAGUGCUGCUGCAGGGGAGGCAGCUGCACAACUAUCGCCAGAUACAAAGCAAGCUAGGUCAUAGUGGAUUCUGUGAGUUCAUGUGAUGGUUUCGCUUGCUUCAUCAGCGGUGAUUACUUCUGUUCAUAUACAUAGCAGUCUCGAUUUUGGGUAAAUUCAUUGUUAUCAGCGUAUAAACUCUUAUGUCGUAUGUGUAUCGUUCUAGUCUCUCUAUUCUUCUGUUGAUUGUGCAAGUCCGUAGUUCGUUUGAUUUAAAUGAUUGGUUGCUGUCUAUGAUAGAUGUAAUAAGGAACCGAGUCGUCCUCUGUAUUCUCGUCUCUUCCUCUUGUAUUCUCGUCUCUUCCUCUCCACCCGUCUGUCUGCUCCUCCCAUGUGAUGAGUUCAUUCCAUUACCCUUUGGUGUUCUGUGAUCUUUGUGGUGUGCUAAGUGAUUAAUAAUAAUAAAAAAAGAAAUAUACGAGUCAGUAA